AUGUCAGAUAAUUUUAUGCAAAAUAUGGAAAUUAAUAAAAAAGACAACAAGUUUCCAUAUUGCGUAGUAUUUACAUAUCUUCCUUUUGUAUCCACAUUUAUUCCAGUCAUUGGGCAUAUUGGUAUCUGCACUUCAACAGGUAUUAUUCAUGAUUUCUCAGGACCAUAUACCAUUUCUGUUGAUAAUAUGGGAUUUGGCGAUCCAAUGAAAUACUGGAAACUUGACAAAAAUAAACUUCCAUUAUCAAUUACUGAUUCUUCCUAUGAUGAUGCCAUAAUUAAAGCGGAUAAUGAAUUUUCCAACAGAACACAUAAUUUAUUUCGAAAUAAUUGCCAUCAUCAUGUAGCUACUGCAUUAAAUAAUAUAAAUUACAAAGGGAAAUCUGAUUGGACACCUUUUCAAGUCUUUUUACAUUUGACGAUUUAUGGUCGUUUUAUUUCCUGGAUCGAUGUUUUCGUAAUAUAUGGGCCCUUUAUCUCCAUGCUUUUGCUAGUAAUUUUUCUUUUUUUGAUCAAUUAUAUUCUUCAAAUAAAUUAG